AUGACUCUGAUGCAGACGACACACAGUACUCUCUUAGCUAACAUUGACAAGAUCCAAAGACAUGCAGGACCAGAUGCUCCGGACGUUCAAGAAGAUCAUUACAGGAGCCCCUUACCUUCAAGAACUCGUAAGAGCUUAGAUGCUGGGAUACAGACCCUGGGUGAAGGUUUAGAACUGUGGCGCGGAUACUUCCAGAGUGUUCACCCUACCAUUGGAAAGAACAUUGAUGUGUCGACAGCGGUCAUAUUCAAGCAGGGUAGCUUUCAGACCGCCGCUCUUGCUGUUCUCAAGCAGAACAAUGUUCGUGCACUGGACCUCUGCCCAGAUUUGCCGCAGUUCAGGCAGUUGAAGAACUUCUUCAAGGGCAUUUCUGUCACGCUCAUCCACCGGCUGGCAGAUUUGCCGCAGUUCAGGCAGUUGAAGAACUUCUUCAAGGGCAUUUCUGUCACGCUCAUCCACCAGCCAGGCCUCAAAAAGAUUUGA